GAAUUUCAUCUCUCACGAACAAACAAAACAGUGCAGUCGAAAUGGAAGAGGGAUCUGAAACGACGUCGUCUUCUUCGUCGUCGUCGGCAUCAAACUCAAAUCAACAACCGUCCUCUACAUCAUCGCCGCCCAAACCCAAUCUAAAGCAACCGCAGGUUCCAGCAUUUUCCGGUUUCAUGGGUUCUGGAAAUGGUGAUGUAGAUAUGUUUCCAGUAAUGUACCCUGCAGUAGUAGGGGGAUUAAAUCCCUGGGAACAUCAACAGCAGACAAAUCAUGGCGCUGGCAUUUAUGCUGUCCCUGUUCUGCCAUAUACUGGAAUUCCUUCAAACACUCUUAUCCCACUUACCUACAACAUACCCAAUACUAGAGCUAGUGUUGAGACUGAGGCACUGGGUGUGGAGCAUGGACAAGGGGAGCAAGAUCAACAAAAUCAACAGCAACAGCCGGCUCGUCAAAGACAAGUUGUUGUAAGGAGAUUUCAAAUUGCAUUUCAGCUUGAUUUGUUGCUCAUUUUAAAGCUGGCAGCCGUAAUAUUUGUGUUCAACCAAGAUGGAUCAAGACUAAGGCUAAUUGUCCUUGUGCUUUUUGCUUUACUUAUCUAUUUAUAUCAGACUGGAGCUCUGACACCAUUACUCCGGUGGCUUUCACAAAGCAUGCAGAGGGCUGCACAGCCACCCAAUCCACCAAGGCCUGCUGUCAGAGCUGAAAAUGCUCCUGGUGCUGCGGGGCAGGGUAAUGUAAAUGCUGCUUUAGCAGAGGGACAAGCUGGAGUUGAGAAUGAGAACCAGCCUCUGAAUGGUGGUAAUCAAGUUGCUGAGAAUGGGAAUGAGAAUGAGAAUGAGAAUGCGAAUGCCCAUGGUGGUAACCAGUGGUGGGGCAUUGUGAAGGAGAUCCAGAUGAUUGUAUUCGGCUUCAUCACCUCCCUCCUCCCAGGCUUUCAUCACAUAGAAUAGUUCAGACUGAAACCGGUGCCUAAGCUGAAGAAAAAUUAUCCAUCCUUUUUUUCCUUUUGAAAUAAAUGUAAAAAAGUAUCUCAAACUGUUAUAGAUUUAACUUGUUACAUAUAUGUAUGGUUGGUUGGUGCAAGCAUAGCACCAUUCUUGCUUGCACCAUUGGGUAGGUUUGGGUUAGUGAGUGAUGAGAUUAGAAAAUAUUUUGUGCAAGGUUGUCCAAGAGGCUGCUUAUUAGUCGCGAAGGAGUUGAAGUAAUUACAGUUUAUUCAUUUUUUUUUUU